AUGGGACGUCCAUUUUAUUUUACUUAUGAAAUUACAAGCUAUAGAGACUUUCUAAAGAAGCUUGAUGAAAACAAUACACAGAAGGAAUUUAAUUACACAGAAACAAACAUAUAUUUAAUAAAUAAGAAAGUAGCCAUUGAAGAUGCUAAUGAUAUUAUUAAAGGGUUACACAGACAUACUAAUCUAGGAAACAAGAAAAGCCUAGCUUGGAAAGCUGAAACAGAUAACAAUACGAAAUCGUAUGAAGGAUACUGGUUUAUUAAAUACUUCAUUGGAAUUCCUAUUUCAUUUGAUAAAGCAAGCCAGAUAGACUCACUGCUAACACCAUGGAAAAAUCCUGGAGAUUGCUGGGCAUUUAAAGGAAGCAAGGGACAAGCUAUAAUCACUUUGCAAAAUCCAGCAAAAUUAUCCCACGUUACAAUGGAACAUAUUGUAUCAGAUAGAAAUAGCGCUCCUUAUGAACACGAAGUACAUGGAAUCAGAUUCAACAAAAGUAUUUGGCUCGGAUCUUACUUUUAUGAUAAAACUGGUUCAAAUAUUCAAACAAACAAAUUAAUACAUGUUGAACCUGAAUACUUGUAUAAAAAAAUUGUGCUAACUAUUAAGAGUAACCAUGGCAAUCCAGACUAUACAUGUGUAUACAGGUUUCGUAUUCACGGAUUUACAGAGUAA